UUGGCUCAAAGCGUUUUCUAUAUAUAGGUUGUGCGGGGAGGGGGAUUGGGGGCCGCGCAUGAGAGGGUGACCCUUGACGGCCCGCGGCUCGGGAACCCCUGCCGCUGCUGCCUGGCGUGGCAUCGAGGACGUAGGUUGCCAUGCAGCCGCUCGGCUACCUGGCCGCUCGCCUGCUGCUGAGCUGCUUCCAGGCGUUCGAACGGCACGAGCGCGCGUUCGUCGGCAGUGAACCGCUGCUCCUGGCGGCCGGCGUCGGCCACUGCUGGGCCGUGGCGUACUCGCUGAUCCUCUCACUGGCGAUGCAGGCUUCGCGCCUUGCUGGCGGGCGAGAUUACAUGGACAAGUUGCCUGACUGGGUCUUCAAGGACCUCACGGCAGCGUGCUGCCCGCUGCACGGCCCCCGUGGUAACCAAGAAGGUCGUCAACACGGUGGUCACCAGAAUUGUUGAUUGCAAGGCCGCUGGCACGAGCUCAUGGAGGAAUUCGCGCCUCAAGAACAUCGCCGCCAUUGCCGGUGGCCUCACUGCUCUCAUCGGCUGGGCCCAAGCGUGAGUUUCUGCUUCCGUGCCAGAGGUCAUGGCGACGCCAUGGCGCGCAGCCGUCGGCAUUCCGUUGCGGAAGGGGCCUGUUUGUGACGACGUACGGCC